ACGGCCCCGCCCCAUGGGCGCGGCCCCCGGUCCCGGCAGCACCCGCGCGGCCCGGCGGUGUCGGUAAGAUGGCGGCCGUGAGUCUGAGGCUCGGAGACCUGGUGUGGGGGAAGCUGGGUCGUUAUCCUCCAUGGCCAGGAAAGAUUGUUAAUCCACCUAAAGAUCUGAAGAAACCUCGUGGAAAAAAGUGCUUCUUUGUGAAGUUUUUUGGAACAGAAGAUCAUGCUUGGAUCAAAGUGGAACAGCUGAAGCCUUAUCACGCUCACAAAGAGGAAAUGAUCAAGAUUAAUAAGGGUAAGCGCUUCCAGCAAGCUGUGGAUGCUGUAGAGGAGUUUCUUAGAAAAACCAAAGGCAAGGACCAGGCGUCUUCCCAUAACUCCACUGAAGAGAAGAAUCGGCGUAAUUCCAGUGAAGAAAGAGGCAAGCAAUCCGCUGGUGAAGAGAAACGCAAGGCCAGUUUGUCUGAAGGAAAGGUGAAGAAGGGCACAGGGGAAGGAAAAAAGAGGGUCUCUUCUGUCUCAUCAGAGAGAGGAUCAAAGUCACCCUUGAAAAGAGCCCAGGAUCAGAGCCCCCGAAAGCGGGGGCGUCCGCCCAAGGAUGAGAAGGACCUCACAAUUCCAGAAUCAAGUACAGUGAAGAGAGUGAUGACUGGAACAGUAGCUGGAUUUAAAUGGCCACCAAGUGUCAGUGAGCCCGCGAAGGACAGUGAUCCACACUUUCAUCACUUCCUGCUGAGCCAGACAGAGAAGCCAGCUGUCUGCUAUCAAGCCAUCACAAAGAAGCUGAAGGUUUGUGAAGAGGAGACAGGAUCCACCUCCAUCCAGGCAGCAGACAGCACAGCAGUCAAUGGCAGCAUCACGCCUACAGACAAAAAGAUAGGAUUUCUGGGCCUUGGCCUGAUGGGAAGUGGCAUUGUCUCCAACUUGCUGAAGAUGGGUCACACUGUCACUGUCUGGAACCGGACUGCUGAGAAGUGUGAUUUGUUCAUCCAGGAGGGUGCACGGCUGGGAAGAACCCCUGCUGAAGUUGUCUCCACAUGUGACAUCACCUUUGCCUGCGUUUCAGAUCCAAAAGCAGCAAAGGAUCUGGUGCUUGGUCCGAGUGGAGUGUUGCAGGGGAUUCGCCCGGGGAAGUGUUAUGUGGAUAUGUCCACCGUGGAUGCAGACACAGUCACAGAGCUGGCCCAGGUGAUAGUGUCCCGGGGUGGUCGCUUUCUGGAAGCACCAGUCUCAGGAAACCAGCAGCUCUCUAAUGAUGGGAUGCUUGUGAUCCUGGCAGCUGGUGACAGGGGUUUAUAUGAGGACUGCAGCAGCUGUUUCCAAGCCAUGGGGAAGACCUCUUUUUUCCUAGGUGAGGUAGGGAAUGCUGCCAAGAUGAUGCUGAUUGUGAACAUGGUCCAAGGCAGCUUCAUGGCAACAAUAGCAGAAGGACUGACUUUGGCUCAAGUGACUGGCCAGUCCCAGCAGACCCUUCUGGAUAUCCUCAAUCAGGGACAACUUGCCAGCAUCUUCCUGGACCAGAAGUGCCAAAAUAUCUUACAAGGAAACUUUAAACCUGAUUUCUACCUGAAAUACAUACAGAAGGAUCUUAGAUUAGCUAUUGCACUGGGCGAUUCUGUCAACCACCCAACUCCCAUGGCAGCUGCUGCCAACGAGGUCUAUAAACGAGCAAAAGCAUUGGACCAAUCUGACAACGACAUGUCUGCAGUCUACAGGGCCUACAUCCAUUAGGCUGCACCCUUCUUACUGUUCAUACGAUGAUUAUUGAUUAAUAUUAUUAUGAUACUGGGUUUUAACUCUGGACCAGUCCAUCUCUGUCUUUCCAUUUCCUUUUAUACACAGACUUUGAGACCUGCCACCAAGGCAGCUGCUGCGGUGAGCCUUCCCCUGUGGCAGGAGGUGGGGAGGAGGGGGCUCGGAUUGUUGCAGUCUAAUUAGAAAAGUCCAUGCCAUGCACUGAUAGUCAUGGGACGGAACAGCGGCAAUUGUUCAGAAGCUCUGAGGCAACUCUCCCAGAAACCCGCUGCUUGGCUGCUUUUAUUUUUCUCCUUUUUUUUUUGCUUGUCCAAGAUGCUGUUUCUAACAACCCCUUUUCUCCUUUGCUGUGAAAUAAUGUGUAUGUUGGACUCUCUGCAUCAAGGAGACAGAUGACAAACACCCCAUCUGCCUGUGAAUAUCACUCAAGUCCUUGGUCCCAAGUAAGGUGAGGAGCAUUCCUGUUAAUUGGCACUGUUAGAGAACAGAGCACCUCCCGUGGAGGAGAAGGGCAGUUCCAGAGGGUAAUGGAGGUUGCAUGCAACACUGUCAUGAUUCUAUUCUUUUUAAACUUCCACCUCCCCUGCACCUUAAUGGAGGAAUUCCUGUACUGUUAAAGACAACACAUUGAAUCCAUGUCUUCCCCUGUACAGACAGCUAUAGCUUAGGGAACACAAAUGGUACUGAAAAUGGGAGAAUGCCAGUGUCAAUGAGCCUCCUAAAAGGCUAAUCACAGCCCAUCCAAGACAGAUUGGAGAGCAACAUGUUUGCAUAGAAAACUGCAGGAGAAGCACAGAGCCGAAAACUGGGCUAGAGAUUUUACUUGCUCAUGGCCUUAGCUUAUGUUCUGCUACUUCUUGCUUUUUUUUUUUAACCCUUGUAGUCCCUAAUUACAAAGGUGUCUUGGAUUAUAGCACUGUCAUAAGCAGAGUGAUGAGUCUGAAAGGGGCGAGAAGAAUGAUCCAAGAGGUUAAGAAUCCUGAGCUCCUUUCCACGGUCUCUGGCCUUUGCAUGGUUGUUACAUCUCUCAGCCUGAUUGCCCAUCUGUAAAGGUGGGUGAUGAUUACCUACCUCAUAGGGAUACUUUUGUGUACUGACUAGUGAUCUUUAUACAUGUCAGAUUUUCCAUACAUGUUCUUAGUGUUCCUGCUCUGGGUACAAAGUAGCACAGCAUGAGCCUUUUCCCUGAAACUGUGACUUUGCUUGUGGACAGAUACCAACUUCUAGAAAGAACAGUAACUAAAAUGGGGGAGGGAAAGACCACUGCUGAGCUUUAGUUUAGAAAUGGGUGACAUGAACUGCACAGAUGCCAAGGCUAGAGAUCAGAGAUGCUCUCAGUGUUGAUAGCAGAGCAACCAAGAGUCCAAAGGAUGCCUGUCUCUCAAAAUGUGCAGGGUGGGGUUUUUUUCGUUUGUUUGUUUGUUUUUUAAAUUCUCAGCCUUUUAAAAGUGUUCUUGCAUUUUAGAUUUUAGAGUUAGAAAAAUACCAAGUGAGAAACUUUUGGCCAAAAUCACUUCUUGGUGGCACAGUCUCCUUCCUUCCUUGGGCUGGGAUUCUGAAAGGAAAAGGAACAGAUUCAAAUUAGGCUGAGUUCCUUUAAAUCCCUAAGGUCUGCUCUUCCCACUCUUUUUUCUUUUUUUUUUUUUUUUUUUUUUUUAUUCCUAGGAACUUAAUGGCUGUGUAAGGAAAUUUCCCCUGGAUUAGAAUUUCUUCCCAAUCCCGCUUUGUGCAGUGUAUGCGUAUGGUUCAGGGGCACCUUGUUAAGAAACAGAGUAUCAGAUACUCAUUUUGAAUCACAACAUCUAAUGCCUCAUGCUCUAAAUGUUACUUUGAGUAUUUCACCUCCUGUGAUCUCUGUUCUUUUUGGGCUCAUGCUGUGUUCUGCAUUACUUAUGUCCUAUGGUGAACACCUGGCAAAAGAGCUGUCAGACCUCACUGCCCGUUGGUCAGUGUGUGUGAGCGAUGCUAGUCGUACAUCCGUGUUCCUUUGACAGUGCCGCUGCCGUCCUGCAUGUAGGUAUCCAUGUUAAAAGGCACAGAAAUGUGCCCAGGAUAACCAGCCAUUGACCUGCUUUGACACACUGCGCUUCCCCAUCCACAUCUCCGCUGUUUAGCACCUGAAGUCCUUGGUUAAACAUGCCACAGGAAGGAAAUCACUCAAACGGAUUAUGCAUUGAGGGCAUCUGGGGGAAAUUGUGGGUUUGCAGGUAGGAGAUGAGACUACAGAUUUUAGAGUGGAAAAUUUUUGGGAGGAAGAGGGAGGUACUGUCUCAAGCGCAAUUUAGAGUGAACUGUGCCGAGCCAGUGCAGCAGCAUCCCCUAUGUGUUCCCUGCCCUUUUGGGCCAGAGUGAAGGUGAAUGGGUCUGCGCAAAGGUAAUGGAGGAUCUUCUUCUCUGUUACUUUGUGGUGCCUCUGGAUACAGUGAGAAUGCAAAAGGAGCUCUCAAGUCCUGUGACAGGUGUUUCAUAGUGAAUUCCAAGAACUGGUCCCUAGGCAGCUCACUACUGCAGGGUUUGUUUUCCAGAAAUACUGCAUUUCCCAGAAUGAAUAUGAUUAUUUCUGUGGGAGUGGUGGGUACAGGCUAAUUCAACACUGUAAUUUGUCCUGGGAAGGUCUGACUGCAGCUUUGGGCUGAUGUCCAGUGAGAGUGGCUGUAGAGUAGCUGUGGUGCUGCCUGGCCAGCUGUACAGUCACAGGUGUGCCAGGGAGGAGCAGAAGGAGACCAAGAGCUCUUAUGUGGCUGUGAAGUGAGGAGGAGGGAUGGAAAUGGGGAAAACCAGACUGUUCCAGAUGCCUGUUGAGAUUGCUAUCAGUCUCAGUAGGAUUCUUGUAUUUAUGUCUGUAGCCUCUGAACAUGGACCUCAAUCUGUUUCCUAGGCCUGAGAUUUGGGGGAGGGGAGUGAGGGAAGCAGUGGAUUGAGAGAUGCUCUAAUAAAACUAGCUAGUCAAUGUUGUCUUAA